UAAUACCCGACCGAGUAUUAUGACCGUGGAUCGCGAACGCAGGCUGUUAAAAGCCUGUUUUGUGCGUUUUUGCAAGGAGAAAGCUGGGUUUUGGAUCCCAAACACCCAAGGGACGAACCAAAGAGAGGGAUAGAGGGCAAUUUGAGGGCAUUCUUAGAGUGGAAUUGGAGGAUUUCUUCGCCUUGAAAGCUCGAGGAACAAGCCCGGACUUGAAGACUGAUCAUCUGAAGAUUCUUACUGCAGUCUCUCUCUUCUCUAUGGAGUAACUUCCCUUCACUUAGGUUUUGAGGAACCCUAGCUAUGUUUGUUUGAUUGGAUGAUUGUAUGAGUACUCCUACUUGAUAAUCUUGAGUUCAUAUUCAAUCUAUGCACAUUUUCAUGAUUCAAUUCUGCUUUAGUCGAGAUUAUUGAUUCUGCUUUGAUCCUAUGAGAGCGAAUACCUGAUUAGGUCAAUAGAGCACCAUAUAUUGAUAGUAUUGGAUCGAUUUCUUUAGUCGAGGGUUGAUUCACUGCUUUGUAUCGAUUGAGAACCUCAUUCGAUAGAGGGAGUCUAGUGCAGAACGCCUUGAUCGGUUGUUCUAGAGAAGGAUACGUCCCUCUAGGCAAUUGACUCAAGAGGGCCUUGUUCCUUUAGUCGAGACUGAAGGUCUAGUUAAGGAUUAUCCGCAUUGUGAAUGAAAGUGAAACAGGUUAGAGAUCAUCAACCAUUAAUAUUGCUAGUGGCUAGGGAGAAUCAUACCUAAGUGAGUUCCCAACCUGUAAUUAGAUUAACUUUAACUAUAGUUUGAUAGAGUAGUUUUAGUUCUUUCAUCUUAAUCUAGUUUUCUAGAUAAUGAACUGAAGCUGAGUAAUAGUAACUCUAGAGACCCGUGGAUUCGAUAUUUAUUACUUGAGCCACUAUACUGCAGUCCCUUUCAUUGGUUACACUUAGCCUUUGUUAGGAGUUGUGUCAUAGCGUGUCAGGUUGUCACUGUCACAAAUCGAGAGGUUAUUCAGCGUCUCAAGGAUGGUGUGUGCGCUUCUUUCAGUUUCAAAGAUAUAGGAAAAUAUUAAUAUUUUUUAGCUCGUGAAGUCACACGCAGAUCUCAGGGACUAUUACUUAGCUAACAAAAGUACAUUGUUGACUUACUUGCAGAUCAUCAGUUUGAAGACUGUAAGGCGAUUUCAACUCUUAUGAAGCUGAACCUGAAUUUAAGUAUGUACUCCCUUGAUCAAUGACACAGUUUAUCAUAGUAUAGUUGGGAGUCUCAUAUACUUGUCUGGUACUCGGCCGGAUAUAUCUUAUGUUGUCCACAUUGUUGGCCAGUUUAUGGCUUCCCCAUGUACUGAUCAUUUUGCUGUUGUUUACUGAAUUUUGCUUUACUUGCAAGGCACUCGAGAUGUUGGUAUGUUCUUUCAUUCUACCGGAUCUUCUAGUCUCAGUUCAUAUUCCAACUCUAACUUUGAUGGUUGCACUGACACUCGACGUUCUACUAUGGGGUGUUGUAUUCAGUUUGGUGGAGCUUUCAUCCCUUGGUGUUGUAAGAAACAAGACAAAAUAUCUAAGUAUUCUACUGAAGCGGAGCAAAAGGCUAAGUCUGAUGUGGUUUUUGAACUUGUCUGGUUAUGGCGUCUUCUGCAUGGUUUGGGUAUCUCCUGUCAUAUCGCUAUGGAUCUCUUUGUGAGCAACAUAAAUGCUAUUCACAUUGCUGUUAAUCUGGUGAGUCAUGAUCGCACGAAGCAUGUCGUGAUACAUGUGCACUACGUUUGUGAUCUUGUUCGUGAUUAUACAUUGACUCUCCACUAUGUUCGUGGUAGAGGACUAGAGGUGUCAAUCGGGCGGGUUCAGGCGAGUUCGGGUUGGGUUCAUUCGGGUUAUGGGUUAGUCGGGUUUAAGUUUCAUCGAAUUGUAUUACUUACUCUUCACUCGUUACAACUCACUCUUUAUAUAUUACAAUAAUAAUAUUUUUUUCAAUUUUUAGACAAUCUAUUUCUACCUUAUUAUGCAUUUAUAAAAUUUUCAAGUAUUUAUAAAAGUUGAAAAAAUUGUCAAAGUGCUUAAUUAAUUUUGUAUUCUUUUACAUGAUUGAGUUACUGUAAUGGUAUGACUUAACAAACCAAUCUUGACCCUCAUUUUGAAACUAAAAUGCAACUCGAGCACACCUUAAAUGAGCGAAAUUUUUACUUUAGUAUUGUAAUAACGUUCAUGUAGGGCAGAAGAUGCAAAGAAGCAUGGAACAUAAGCGAUUGAUUUAUUUUGAUAAGAUGACUAAUGAUAGGUUCCGUAAUUUAUUAUAUCCAAUUAGCCAUGUCCUAUAUGUCUAUAAUAAGGUUUACUAUAGAAAAUAUCUUAGUAGCGGUCAUGAAACUAGCAUGAACACGAUCGGUAUGGCCAACAUGAUCGACUUAAAAAUUAUAAGCAAAAUGACAUCAUUUUAGUGAAUUUAAUUAAUAAAUAAUUUAUUAUUUAUAUUAUGGAUUUAAAAGUUAAAAAUUGAUGUUAUUUGUUGGAUUGUAAGUAAAUUGCCCUCAAAUAUGUUUUACAUAUGAUUAAACUUGUUGGAUGUUAAUUGUUUCACAUUUUGUUAAACCAACAUGAACCGGCACAAACCAGUUGUAACACCGACGGUACUAUUCUACUUGCCAAACUAGCACAAUGAUAUAAACCGGUUCGACAACCUUGCUCAUAACUAUAAAGAUUGUGAUAAUCACAUCGGUAAAUAAUUAUGUAUAUGAUCUAUAAUGUAAAAUAAUAUGCAUUGAGAUAGUUCGAGUGACGUUUUUAAGAGAAUAUAACUAUAUCUUAGUUACUAAUGUUAAACUCCUAAAAACUAUUAUAUGUAAACAUUAUUAUAAUACAACUUAUAAGCAAUUAAGUAUAUGAUUUAUAGCCAGUUAAUCAUUCCGUAUAAGGAUAUAAUUUUGUCAUUUAGCGUUGGCAUCCACAUAAAAAUUCAAGAUUUAUGUUUGAAAAUACUAAAAUUUUGAAAGUUGAAUCACCAAAAGAUUGAAAGCACCAAAUUAUUUUCUUCUUUCUUUUCCCCAACAUUGAAAAAUACCAAAAAUUUCCUGCUUCUCUUACCAUAAAUUAAAAGGCUUCAAAUUUCUCUCUUCUUUCCCUUACUAAAAAAUGAAGUCACCAAAUUUGAUAACACAUAAAUUUCUCUCUUAUUUCUCUUUUCAUAAAUCAAAAGCAGUAAAACACCAAAAUUUAGCACUUCUUUCUUUUUCGAUAAAUCAAAAGCACUAAACUUUUUUCCUUCUUUAUUUUUCUAAAAAUGGAAAGAAUCAAAUUUCCCUCUUCUUUCUUUUACCAAAAUUUUUAAAACACUAAAUUUUUUCUCUUUCAUUUAAAAUAUUCAAAUUAUCAAAUGAUUACUUAACUAUAUCCAUAUUUAAUUGAUAAAAUGGUUGAAUACUUAAAUUAACAAGAAUUUUAAUGCAUAUUGCUAUAUUAAUGUUAUACAUUGUCUCAAUUGUUAAUUAUUUAUUAUCAAUAUUUGCCUUAUACUGAUUUAAUUUUUUUUAAUUUGGUUAAAGAAAUUAUGUUUUAAUUUUUGUAGUUAAAAACAUAAUUUAAGUGAAUUUCAUAUUUUAAGCAUCUGUUACGAAAUGAAAAAAACGGUUUUACUUAGGUUGAUUCGUUGAGGAUGAAAAACUUUAUUUUGAAAGAUUAUAUAUUAUUAUAUAAUAUAGUAAUUAUUUAGGUCAAUCAGGGUUAGGGUUAGUCGGAUUCGGGUCAAUCGGGUUACAAGUUAAUUGGGUUACCAGUUUAAUCGGGUUGUGGGUCACUUAGAUUAAUCAGGUUGUGGGUCAUUCGAGUUGCAAGUUAAUCGGGUUGUGGGUCAAUCAGAUUACAGGUAGGCCGGGUUGCGGGUUGUUGACUUUUAGUUAAUUUGGGAUGCGAUUGGGUUACAGGCCGGGUUCUAUUUUGACACUUGUAGUUCGUACUGAAGACGAAGUAGGCAAUCUCCUUAUGAAGGCUUUUCUUAUUAGUCCGUAUUGGUAUCUCUCGAGUAAAUUAAUGAUCUCCAAUCGACAUCAAUUUGGGGAGGUCAUUAGCGGAUCGUGCCAUUUGUCACGGGCCACUUGUACAUAACCCGUCGACAAGCCCAUGAAGCCCAUGCAUGGAGACAACAUCGGACAUUGGUGUGUCUCCUAGGGUUCGACCUUCUUCUUUGAUUUGGGUGUACAUAUAUUGUUGGAAAUUUGAUUGAUUCGGACUUAACCAAAUCAAACCGAUUUUGGAUUAGACCAACAAAUCACAUCCAGUUUUCUGAAAGAUGUGAUGCCAAGCUUUUUGGAAAGCCAUGUCCACAUAAUUUGAAUAAAUGUAUACGUUGCAUGGCAAUGUUGGAACUUGGUUGUUAGCUUAAAAACAAUGCACGUUUUCAUUGUUCAAAUUUAGUGGCAAGAAACUCGUGUUUAUCCUUGACGGUUUGGAAAUUGGGAUAAAGAAACACAUUGUUUGGCUAAAUAAUAUUUCAUGGACGGUCAUGAACUUUCAUGACAACGUUUCAUUGAAAUGAAAUUAUGGGUUUGGCCAAAACCUUGGCAUUCACGGUUUUCUCCCAACCGCCACAAAGUUGAAAGAUUGCAAUCUUUCAAUGGCAACUAUUCGUACACUAUAAAUACAGGUGGUACGUGAUGGGUGAAAAUAUACACAAGACACCAAAAUCGAUUCUUCUUCCUACUAAACUUCUAAGUAUGCUUUAGGUACUUAAGCCUGGAACCUAAAGUGGUGAUAGUUUUAUCCUACGAAGAAAUUUCCUGUAACCCUAGACUUGUUGAGGGUGGAAAUAUUCUUUACGGAAAGUGAACGUCGUUCACGACUCUAUCAUAAUCCUAGUUACCUGUCUCAGGCUAUCGUACGUGUACCCUCUUGCUUCUAAAAAGUCCCAACAUAUAUAGCUUUUUUUUUUACAGUAACAUAUAUAGCUUCGGUAGCCAUUAUUGUACAGUUUGAGAGAGUAAUAAUAUCAGUAGUUUGGAGAGUGUUCAAACUCUCCCAUAAAUUAGUUCUAAUCAUCAUAAAUACCAUAUAAAUAAUCGUUUGUGCUUUUAUUUUAGGUAUAAUUUGUUUAGUUUGAUGAGGAAUUUUACUAUGUUUUAAAGUAUUAGUACUUUAGUUUUUGUUUUUAUGGUACAACUUUAGAUUGUACCUAUAUUGUUGGGCAUUGCUAUUCGUCAUCAUAAAAUACCUUAUUCGUCGCCCUAACUUUUAUUAAAAUUACUUAAAUAUCCUUAAGUUAAUUCUUAUCUUUCAAAACAUAAUAAACACUAAAACAAAGUAACAAACACAUACAACUAUGUUUAAUAACAAAAUAAAAUAGCGAAAUUAAUGAAUUACAAGUUACAAAUACACCAAAAUAAUAAAAAAUGGAAUAAAUGUAAAUAACUCAGGUACGUUCGUACCCGCCGCUAGAAGCGCCGGAGAUGGGUUUUCAACCCUUCCGGGCAGCUGGAAACCAAAAAAAAAAAAAAAAACUCUCUGCUCGGCAAGUGCGAGGUGAGACAGAAGAUGAAGGUCGAGCCGAGGAGAAAGGAGAAGUUUGAGUCUGCCUUCGCUCGUCGUCGUCACCGAAGAAGAAGUUCGCUCGUCGUAGCCGCCAACCUCUACUUCCGUUCUCUGCCCAGCCGUCCUCUGCUUCCGACGUCGCCCAUCUUCGUUGCCGCCCGAUUUACCAUGGGAACGGACAUGCUGCGAGGGUUCAGGUUGGUGGUGGCUGCCGGAAAGAAGAAUCCACAGCGACAGCGGCGGGGUUGAGGUUGGCGGUGUCUGGGCAGGGUAACAAAUUGUUUGAUUAGGGUUUUGGUUAGAGAUCGGGGUUAGAGGGUAAGAUCGUAAAUUUGAUGCAUUUCAGGACGACAAAAAUUGAAUUUUAGGGCGACGAAUAGCAAUUUAGAUAUUAUUUUAUAAAAUCUUUUUAUGAUACAAAUUAAAGUUAUAUCUUUAUAUCAUGGUACAAUUUGUCAUCUUCUCCUGCAUCGAAGAUAUUCUCGUUUUUCCGCUAUGUUUGAGUCCGUCUUGGCAUGAACCCCUGGGUUACAUAGGAAGAUAUAGUCAAAUUCCAUUAAACCCGAGAAUUGACUUCCCUCCUCCUUUCACUGAUGACAGCGUUGAAGUUUCUCCAGUGUUGAAAACAAGAGAAGGAGGAUCAACUGGACAAUAAGAUAUACACGUAAACAACUUCACUAUCUUUAGAGACUGCAGUUUACAUUGUGUGUGAGACUAAAACCGCAGUCCGUAGAUAAGUAAGACCGCUGAGCAAAGGUUGGAAAAAACAGUACGUAGAAGAAAUCAACAAAUUUGGGUACAGUCUCAUUUAACGGGCCAAGUAAUUACCUUUUCUCUACACCGUCGACUAGGGAGUCAACGCGAACACCUUCCUCCAACUUUCUCUACUACUCAAUAUGUAUUUAAAAGGAAAAAGGAGAAACAAAAUCAAUUCCCUUGAGUGCUAUAUAUACAAGUCUUCGCCAAUUUACAUAAACAUAUGUAUCAUAUCAAAUCAAAUUUUAACCAAAAUUAGCAAUUCGAUAUAAAUAAUGGUGGCAAAAUUAUUUGAUUUCGAUGAGUCGAAAUAUUAUAGAUGCAUGACAACAUACAACAUAAUAUAUACCUUUAAAUUCU